AUGGACCUCGCCAUCCAUGCCGACUACGACCGCGAGCCCAGCCCGACCUUCUUCAGCAUCGGCGCGCCCAGAAACGUGCAGUUCGCUGAAGACCAGCACGCCAUGGUUCAGUGGAUGCAAGAUGCCCAGCCCCAGCCCGGACAUGUCAACAUAUUUGUAAACGCCACAGCGCGACGAUUUCACAUGCGCGCACAGGUUGGAUCUGAGAUGGCUCUACCUUGGGCGCUCGUGCUUUCUGGGGCCCUCAAGCUUCUUGGUGGGCAGCGGCGACGGUUCAGUGCCCCAAAUGUCCGCGGCGCCGAGACUCCGUUAAUCGUCCCCGCGGAUACGUCGCCGAAGCAGGUCAGUAGGGAGCUCCAAACAAAGCGGCUCACCGUCAUCGCGGGUGGGGCCCACCCUGGCAUGGAGCUCAAGACGCCGCGCCAGUCGGGCCACCUUCAACGGGGGGCGAUGCCGAUGGCGGAGGUUCGGCCGCAGGGCCUCCGCGAGCAGUCCAAGAACUGGGGCCCAGCUGCAGUCGCACAGAUGGGCAUCAACGAUGAUUGCAUCGGGCAGAAGUUCGAGUCGGCCCAUGAGCGCCGCGGCUCGCUCGCGGAACGGGGGGACAUGCUCGCCAACUACCCGGGCGCGGGCGGCACUGCUGCAAAGCCCACGGGCUCGCGCGCGCCGGGCGCGAGCUUCUUCAGCGAGGCCGCGCCGCUGCGGCAGCCCCGCGCGCAGCGGGCCUCGGCGAACCCGCGCCAGCGCGCCUCCGUGGCCGCGGGUGCCUUGGACAUCGCAGACGCCCGCUCGCGCCCCCACCUCUCCCCGCAGCCUGGCGCCCGAAUGCAGACGCAGGAGUGCCGAUUCCAGCAGGGCCAGAUCUUCCGGCACCAGAUCACGCGAAGCGACGCCAUCGAGAUCGCCGCCGACAUCCCGACGCACUUCUCGCAGCGAUGCCAGGUCGGCACCGCCGCCGGCCGAUCCUUCAUCGUCCAGCCGUUUGCCUUAAUCCCGCGCUUGCACUGCCAGCUCAAUGUCGCCCGGGAAGCGGCCCCCCUCUCGGGCGCGCGCCUCAGCGACCGCGCCGCCGUGGCGCUCGCCAUCGACGCCGAAGAGGUUUGCGCUCCGCUCGAGGCAUCGCGACCCUGCCCGAGAAGAUGCUCGCGGAGGCUGAGCACGACGCCGCGACCGAGCUGCGCCGCGAAGGAGAUCGUGGCUCUGGCGGCCGAGCUCACCCGCAAUGAUUCGCAGAAGCUCCCGCAAGGCUCUGACGACGGUAACUUGCUCGAGAGUGGGAGUGAGCGCACGAAGCUUGUUAAGUUCGAGAGCGAAGGCGCUUCGCCCCCCCGUGGCAAAGCUCCGCCAUUGCAAGGGCAUUUGGCGCAGGGCGGCGCGAAUGUCUGCGAUUGCAUCUUCUGCGCGUUCUGUCCGAAGCGGCACGGGAACGACAUCGCGGGGGCGGGGGUGGAGAGUGGCGAGGCCCCAGAGCUGUUCGGGAGCUACCACCGCGCGUUCCCGGGGGCGCCGCUGCAUUUCUCGACGCGCCCCGAGGACAUUCACGUUGGGCCAGCGGCUCAUCCCCCCCCGCCGGCGGACAUCACUGCGAAUCUCGGCUUCCCGAGGCAGGAUCGUUAUGCCAGGUCGGCUGGAUACGACACCAGCGGGGUUGGCAGGAUGUCCAUGGAGGCCCUCGUGCAGCUGAAGACAGCGGACGGCUUCAUGAGCCUCGCCAACCUCCAGGCCCCCAAGCUCAGGAGGAUCGUGCAGGUCACCAACGCUCGGGCCGCCGAGGCGGAGGGGGUGCUCAGGUACCUUCGAGACAACGGCAACCACAACCCUGAGGGACAGUUCGCCAGUGGCAAGGGCUUCGGGCGGUUGCCUGAUCUCAGUGAGGCCCCAGGCCCAAAGUGCUGCAAGUGUGCCAGCGGCACCACGGUCUGGUCUGCCAGCGGCAAGUGCAAGCCUUGCGACGGGCAGGUCGAGCUGCAGGUGCCGGCCCCCCAGGGGUGUGACCCGAAGGACAAGGAUCGAGGGCUUCAGAGGCAAGAAGGAGUGCGUCGUCGGCUGCAAGGGCCCUCUGGCCCUCGCUGA